CCUGUCUGCAUUCUACAACGACCCAGACGUUCUCCACCCGGUGCCUAUUCAUUUUCAGACUAGUAUUUCUUGGCCGGCCUUAGUUCAGUUUUAUCCGGGCAGGAAUGUAGACUAGUUGGGUGAACAUUCUAUUCAUACCAAAUAUGAAUCAUGCGAACAACUUUAUUUGGUAUCGUCCGCUUUGCAUAAAACUAUAUCAGUGAUGGUGCAGUUGCAUAGAGAACAACUAAAUAUGCCUGCAUACGAUGCAAGUUCAAAAAUAUCGUCAUUUAAGAACGAAUCAACUAUAACUAUACCAAUAGAAGAUGAGAAAAAGUAUCUUGUCGAGUUUACUCCUAAUGAUUCCGAUAACCCGAAAAACUGGUCUGGCUUGAAGAAAUGGUCAAUUGUUUUCGCAAUAACACUUAUCAACAUAUGCACCGGUUUAGCUAUGACUGUCUAUGCUAGCAUUGGAGACACACUAAAAAGGGAUACUGGUGCUAGUCAGCUUGAAUACAUCUCGGGUAUGACCACCUUUAUGAUUGCAGUUUCAUUGCUCCCGUUGAUUCUCUCCCCUAUGAGUGAAAGUUUCGGUAGGAGACAGAUAUAUGUCGUCACCGGUACUUUGCAUGCCUUACUUUUCUUGCCGCAAAUUUUAGUAAAGAACAUCGCGGUAAUCGUAGUAAUGAGAUUGCUACAAGGGGCAUGUAGCUCGGUUGGUAACACCCUCGUUGGCGGUAGUAUUGCCGACAUGUUCGAUGCCAGCGAUAGGGGUCUCCCUAUGGCUGUUUUUUCGUUGUUUGCCAUUGGAACACAAGGUGUGGGACCUUCCUGGAGCGGAUAUACUCAGAUGAACCUAGAUGGUGUCGGUGGAUUUGGAGGAUGGCAGUGGGCGCUCUGGAUAACUUUUAUAAUCAAUUGCAUUUCUUGCAUUGUUAGUAUACUCUUCUUGAAAGAGACUAGAGGGAACAUAAUUGUCAAACAUCGUGCAAAUUCUCUCAAAAAGAAGACCGGCUUGCCUUAUUAUGCGCCAGACACUGCGAAGUUCAAUGCUGCUGGCAUUGCAACAUCUCUCAAACGCUCUUACCAGCUUUUCGUCGAACCUAUUGUUUUCGCUUUGUCACUUUGGUGUGGUUUCUUAUGGGGAGUCGUUUAUUUAAUAUUGGCCGCAAUCCCUUGGACGUUCGAGAGAGCUUAUCACUUUAAUUCUGGUCAAUCGCACUUGGUAUUGAUCUCAAUAACGAUAGGUUCGGUUAUUGGAUUCCUGAGCAACUUCCAUCAGCAAUCGGUAUAUCGUAAUAGAGCAGCAAGAAGUACGAACAACAAAUGUGCGCCAGAAGUGCGUCUUUACUGGAGCUGUGCUGGUGGAUUACUCUUCUCUAUAGGUUGCAUUAUCAUGGCCUGGACAACAACAAGAGAUGUACACUUUACGAUACCGUGCAUAUUCGGAUUAGUAACCCUCAUUUGGGGUAUUUACGUCGUUUAUACCGCUUUAUUCAACUACUUGAGCGAUUGCUAUGAAACAUAUGCAAGCUCAGCACAGGCGGCAACUUCAGCGUUCCGCAAUUUCUUAGGUGCCAUAUUCCCUCUGUUUAGCAUGAAAAUGUAUGAGGGUAUGACAGCCCCAUGGGCAUCCACGUUGAUCGGAUUGCUUGGAUUUGCGCUGUCCAUUAUCCCAUUCCUUUUGAUAACAAAUGGAUCUAAGAUCCGUGCGAGAUCAAAGAUUGCGAGCCAACUUGCCAAGGAGGAAAGGGAAGCCGAACGAUCAACAUUCAGAAAUAUACCUACAUUAAGUAAAGUAUAAAACACCACGGACACCUAUAAGCUCGGACAUUAACUUAUUCUUAAUAAAUUACUUCGUGCAUUGUACAUAAUUAUAC